AUGGAGUCCACUGAACAAAAUGCAUUCCUGUUCUCUGCAAAUUCUUCUGCAGCCUUGACGGUAGGCCCAGAAGAGAAGUUGGUUCUGAUGUCCCGCCUCCAGCAUCCCAUUUUGCGCAACAUUGCCUCUUCGAAAGAGGAUAUGAGUGCCCGGCAACGUUGUGUCAACCUGUUACAAACAACUGUCCAGGAUAUCAUGUCCACCGACAGACCCUGCGACGAGGACGACGAUUUGGUUGCCGCAACUAUAGACUCUGCUCUGCACUCAGAGAUGCCGUCGCCUUUGACUAACCCAAAUACUAGAAGGCCCUCUCUGAAACGAGGCUCAGAGGCUUUUGAUACACUCUCCUCUUAUUCUGUGUGCCGCAAGCUCAAAUCGCAAAGUGCCAUGUUACAAAACCUUUGUCUGGCCAGCGAUGGCGCAUCAUGUAAAGUAUUUUGGGAUCUUUGGGACGAGGUUUUCGUUAUUCUUGCUGAAAACGUGCCGCUGGCCAAACUCAAAAGCGCGCACGAGGGACGGAUGUUCACUCCAAACAACGACGCGGCCAGUUACAUUGAGUCAGACACCGCACUUCGCCCAUCUAAAUACCAGUGCGGGUCUAUGUCAGAAGAAUGCUUCCCAUCGCGUGCGGCAUCAAUUUCGAGCAGCAUCGUGAGUGUGCAAGCAGAGCCCGUUUCGCCACCUAUUGCCUAUGGAUAUACCCCGUCUUUCGCUGCUGGCUUCCAAGACUUUGAGACAUUUGAGUUCGAGUCUGACCACGGCGGAUGUAAAGAUCUCCGCCAACAGCUUCUCGCCAUGGACGACAGCUCUCUGUUGCCUAGGUUCGACAACAACCACCUCUGA